GGCAGCAUUGCACUAAGCAACCGUCAAGGCAACAGUGCCCCGCUGUUGAACUACAUAACUAGCCCCAAUGAAAAAUAGUAUUUCAAAACACAUCUAUAAGGAAGACGAAUGUCUCACAUUGGCUUCCUAUAAAAUGGAAGUGACAAGUCCAGUACCAGGCCCACACUCCACACCAGUCGGUGGCGGUAAUGCACCAAAAGUUGUGUUCACCGACCAGCACCAUAGGCAAGAAACAGAGGAUGACGCAGACAACCAAGUUCUCGCGAGAUGUCUAACAUCACGUCAUUCCAUGAUGGCUGAAGAUUCCGGCGGAACAUUUUUCAAAUUCUCUCUCAUUUUUCCUUCUUUCUCCCCACCUCACGUUGCCAUUGAGACAUGGCAGGACUCACACCCCCGUUAAGUGUUCGUAGAUCAUUGGUGUCGACAUGCCCAAGAAAGGGAACCGAAAACGGCUGAAGUUUAAGGCUGGUGACGUUUGUUCGGAGUCAGUGACUGUGGCUGAUUAUGCCGAUGCCGACCCAGCAGUGGUGAAGUCAGGGAGGGUGAAAAAAGCUGUUGUGAAUGCAGUUGCUAAAGAAGUAAAAUCACUCUGCGGCCUUGAAGCGUCCCAGGGUGUUGUAGAGGAAGUCCUCACAUCUGCAGUGAUUUGCAGAGUUACAACAGAAACUCUGGACAGCAGUGAUGACCUUGACCCUGAAGAAGAUGGAAUAAAUGAAAAUAAAGUUUACCUUAAGAAGAAAAACAAAAGAAGAAAGGAGAGCAGUGAAGGGGAGGAGUAUCCAGUAGAUAUUUGGUUAGUGCUCUCCUCCUACAUUAGGCCAGAGGAUGUUUGCAGAUUUGCUUUGAUCUGUAAAAAUGCCUGGACAGCCACUUGCACUGCAGCCUUCUGGAAAAGACUCUAUAGAAGGCACUACAAGAUGGACGCUGAUCUGCCGUGUCGUCUUCAGCCAGACUGUAUUGAUGUGAUGCACUGCCUAAAAGCCCGUGUCAUUCGCUCACUUUUCCAUUUGUAUGAGCCAUUCACUUUGCGUGUCUCGAAAAUUCCUGCCCUGCCAGAAUCAACACCUACAACCUUGCUCAACUCUAAGUGUUUACUCUUUUCAUUUAAAAGGCUGUCAGGGACUCGACCAGAGGCAUUAUGGGAGUUUAACUUCAAGUUUGUUAAACAGCAGAGACACAUCAGGAAUGGUUGUGUCAAGUCCUUGUCUUUGCCCAGACAAUAUGAGGAAGUCCACAGAAACCCUGAUUCUGAUUGCUACGUACUGCAGGUCACCACACUCAACUUCAUUUACUUCCCUGUGGUCAUGGGCAUGACAUUGACCCUGUUCACAAUCAAUGUGAGCACAGACAUGAGACACCAUCGCGUUCGUCUGGUGUUCACGGAUUCACCGCACCACAAGAGUAGGAAGAGAGUGGACCACAGUGGGACACAGGUCGUUUUGGAUCCUGUACACAGUGUGAAGCUGAUGGACUGGUGGCAUCCACAGUACCCCAUUGUUUACUCCACUUAGACCUCACUCUGUUCUGCUGUAGAACACUUCUUGAAGAACCUCUUACUCAUUCCAUGCACAAAGGGAAUAAAGAAAAACAAUGGAAGAUCCAGCAAGAAGGACAAAAGUCUAAUCUAUCACCGAUUUUCAUUGUCUUGCCCUUUUAUUCAACUUAGAGUAAUGCAACUAGUAACUAAAUUGCCUUGUUCUAUGUAAUAUAUAUACAUAUAUAUAUAUACACACACAUAUAUAUAUAUAUAUAUAUGUAUAUGAAGAUGUGACCUGUGAAAAUCCAAUGUUUCACAGACAUUAAUUAAUUUUGAUUUUGCAACUUUAAUCACCACUGUCACAAUACAGGAGGAAAGAAAAUAAACGACAUUUGAUUUGUCACGGUAUAACCGACCCCCCUGCUGGACACAUGCAGUAAUACGAGCCUGUAAUUUAAAAGUCAAAUGUCUUUCCCUGUGAUCUUGACACAGUCAUUUUCGUGUUUCCAGUCAUUAGAGGGGCAACAACAUAAUUAUCCAGUAUCGUUCUAAUAGUGGGCUCUACAUGUCUGUGAUCUGAUUAUAAAAAUCAUGCCAAUGCCCACACAGGUAACUAUAAUCCUGCCUUAGACUAAUUGUAAAGAGGAAUGUAUGUAAUAUAUAAAUACCUGUGUGAAAGGUGUGAAUUACAUGACUCUUUAUGAUUCAAUUUAAUUUUGUUUUAUUGUGGGUCAUUGGGAAAACAUUGAACUCUAAUGUGAGACAAUUGAAUGUUCAUUCAAAAUUAAGUGAGAUUUUUUUUGCAUGGCUUUGAUUUGUGCUUUUGUUAAAUUGUCAUUUUAUUUCUUUAAAAAAAUAUUUUUUGAAAUGUAAUGUACUUUUAAAUGGCCUCACCUGACAUUAAUAACAGUGCUGUUCACUGAUGCAGCAAGAUAUUGACAAUAAGUUACAUGCUAAGCUCCUGAUCUAGACCAAGUUAUUUAAGAAGCCAAAACGUGUUUAUCAUUGUCCUACUGAUGUGUUCACAGUGUUUUAGUGCUCAAACUUCACAGCAAGAACACCCCUGGUUGCAUUACAAGUGGUAACUCGUGGUCAUUCUGUAGGGAGUUUGCCAGUUCUCGUACAUGUGUUUUCUCCAUGUGCCCAUAGGCUAAAAACUGGUACAUUUGUUUAAUUGGACUUUCUAAAUUGACCUUAAGUAUGUCCGGCAGACUGUCCAGGGUCCUGGGUGACCUGCUCAUGAUUGAUGACUGCUGGACCAGACCAGAUAAAGGAUAAAAUCCCACUAAUAAUAUUAGCAACACCCCUUACUACUGUUCAUUUGUCUUGCUUUUUCUGUUCUAAAUUUGUAUGCGCACAAAUUGUUUGAUCACAUAUGCCAUAGGUUUAACUCCAAAUGUCAGAACAUGACAGCGAAGACAAUUGUUCUUGUGGCUAUCAGUAGGUGAGUGAUUGAUUUCAGUAACUGUGUAAAAAUUCCAAUAGUUAUCAAUGAUACGCCAUUAAAACAGAAAAUAAAACCGCUAAAGUCAAAUGUC